AUGGCUAGGAGAAAUGAUGGAGAUGUAGAAGACAAAGGCAGAAGGCUUUGGGACGCGUUAAAAAACAAAAAAAUCGGUCGCGUCGAACGAAAAUCAAUAAUCCGAGAACUGCUACAAAAUGGUGCGCCGGCAAAUUUCAGGGAACCCGAUAGACAGGUAAGAAAACUUUAUAAAUAAGGUUCCUGUAGUUAUUUUUUUGCCGCGGCAUUACACCUCACUCUUACCUACGAAAACUGAAAGAAAUACGAGAAUGCAAGAAAAUCUUAUCCAGCGCACAGACAGAGUCCAACUCUAUCGUUCCAUCGCAUGACUUAAAGUUCUUUCGCUGUUCAUUCAUGACAGUGGUAAACUUUAAUUAAUUUUCCGUGGAUGUUAUGCGCGAUUGAAUUGUAUUGUAUCGAAAAUGUCUAUUAUUUUGAAUCAAAAUCUUAAGCGUAAUACUUUCGUAAAUGAAGAAAAUACAGAUAAGACUGAUUGUAUUUGGUAAUUCAACAUUCCCUUCGCUGCAAUGUAGUGCUCGAUUCGGCUUAGCUUUUAGUCGUCCACUGCAUAGUCAGUGAGUUGCCUACAGAAAUCUGGGUUUAUAAGUUCAAUUUCUUUUUGCUAGCUCAAGUAUGAAGUAUUUAAUGAUUCUCGGUUUAUAAUUUCAAUUUCUUUUUCCUUACUCUGGAAUGAGAUAGUAACGUAAUUAGAAUCAAUCCGUGUGGUUUAGUCUGUUUACUUACAACUGAAAGAGGGAUUUGUCCUUUCGGUUUUACGGGACACCCUAUUGUUUGUUUCGCUUUCCAUUUGAGAUAUUUCGAUUUCUUUUGGAAUAAGGCUGAGUUUUAACUUCAGAUUUACCAGUAUUUAUGUUAAUAUUCAGUCAGAACUACAUGUAAUACACUGAGGUAAUUGACAAAACUUACGUAUAUGUUCAAAGGUGUCUCGUGCGCGUGACAGACGCUGGUUGACAAAAGGCAAAUAAAUGUUUAGGAAGUUAUCCUUCCGUGGUAGCUGAUCAAAGUCCAGUCAUUUCAAUUUGCUGCAUGCUCUCGCCUGUUGUUGUAACUAUGGAGUGGGGAAAUAUUGAAAUUUGUGGGUGGAUGUGUGCCAUCCCGAGCCUUAAAAUAACCAGACUGAAAUAUAUUGAUCACUGGCUCAAAGAUAGUGAGUUAAGUCAAGUCUCAAUGUUGCCAAAACAAAGUUUAUGGUUAUUAGCUCGAGGCAGAAACUACAGUCCUUAAAUGACUACACAAUGAAUAUUCAUAUAGACGACAUCCCAAUAAACCAAAGCAAUCAAAGCAAAUCCCUCUGGCUUAUCAUUGAUGAAAAUCUCUUGUGGAAGGCCCACAUUCAUGAAAUCUCUAAUAAAGUGUCCUCUGGUAUCAGUGCUCUUAAGCGGGUCAGGCCAUUUGUUUCAAUGCACACUGCAAUUAAAAUAUACAAAGGUCUUAUUGAGCCACACUUCAAUUAUUGCAGCUCUGUAUGGGAUGGCUUGACCCAACAGCUUAGUGAGAAACUUCAAAAACUUAAAAAUCGUGCUAUCAGAGUUAUCACCAAAUCUAGCUAUGAUACGAGUUCCAGAUAUCUUGUUAACUCGCUUGGUUGGGACAAUUUAUUAGUUAGAAGGGCUAAACAAAAGGCCAAUUUAAUGUACAAGUGCAUUAAUAAUCUCGUCCCAGCUUAUCUCUGUAAUUUGUUUGCACCAAGAUCACCAAAUUACUAUUUUCGCAACAUGAAGAAAAAAUUAAUGCUCCCAAAACCAAGAACUGAUUACCUGAAGCAUAGCUUUAGUUAUAGUGGCACUCUUUCAUGGAACAAUCUUCCUGAGGAAAAACAUACAUCAAAUUCCUUAGGUCUCUCUAAGAGAAGUUCCCAUAGAUGGUUUUCUGAUCAGUACUCCCACACGGCAAAUAUGUAAAACAGUUUUUUGAGAAUUUUUAGUUAAUUUCCUAUGUUAGACUGAUGUUUUCAACCAUGUAUAAAUAAAGUUAUCAUUCAUUCAGACUUCAUUCCAGAUAUUCCCUACCCUACCCUGGAGGUCCUGUUAACGAGAAACUGUUUCUAUGCCCUUUUUUUUCUUAGAUCAAAACCAAAUUCCAGCACAUACCCAUUUUGGCUAUGUAUGACUCCCAACCCUCUGUCCCUUGAAUGGCAUGGAAUGGGCAGGCUGAUAUAAAUACAUGCCUGAUCCUCAUCCAAUGUUGCAUUCUUAAAAUCUCUGUACAAAACUUUUAUUUUAUUUAAUUUUAUCUAUUAGCUUUGUCAGAUAUGGCAGGGACACCACAACUGGGUGUACCAAUAUAUUACUGUGGGCCCAAAACAUUCUCUUCCCCCCAAUGAGAAGAUCUUAUUUAAGUACAUUUUGGGCAUUUUUUAAAAUUUUAUUUUGAAAGACACCGAGAAUUAAAGUAAAGUGUCUGAUGGUUAUGUUAUCAGUUUUAUUGAGUGCAACAUGUCGCAGAAUAACCACAGGCAAAUAGGAAAAAUAAGUUAAAGGUUCAUGACAACUAAACUAUAAUUCCCCAGGGAUGUAGCUAAGGAAAAGCUAAGCAGGCUUUUUUAUUAGUCAAGCCAGCUUUUUUACUCAACUGCACCUUCAAAAUUACCCUAUGUCUUUCAAAGCCUCCCAUCCCCACCCCCCUAAUUUUAACCCCCCAGCUGCCAGUCACCCACCCUCUGUUAGGGCUAUGUGGUGAUCUCUAGCCUGUCUGCUGGUACCUGCCCUCAUGUUCAGCCCCUUCAAAUUUUUACAUCUACCUUGGAUUACUUAGCAGCACUUUUUAUUGAUUUCCCUCGGAUGUACUUACCUAAAUAUCCUAACAUUUUUAGAUGGCGUGUGUUAUGUUUUAAGUAAUCUGUCUUAUUGUAUUUUAUCUCCCUAGAAAAGUCAGAGGACCCCUCUACACUUCGUAGUAUAUGAAAUUGGUGGAGAUGAUGAUCUUUUGGACAUGCUGUUAGAGAAUGGAGCUAAUGCAAAUUUAGUUGACUAUGUAUGUUUUAUUCUACCUUGAGCCUUGUUUUUUGACAGAAAAAUUCCAGAUGCUUGGGAAUUUUGUUUUUCCCCAAGACCACCUCAAAUUUGCUCAUGUGUCAUAAAAAUGCCUCAGGUGAGGGUAAGACUUACAGUGAAACCGGGAAAACUGUGAACACCAAAAAUAUUUCUGGAAUGUUAUUGUCUUGCAAGAAAAAAGCCAAUCAGGUGUGAGAAAACUAAACCGCAUUGAGAAGCAAGAACGUUAAUUACUUUGUGUUUUUGUGGCCAGUUUCCGUGUCCUGAUCUUUGCUGUGAUUAGUCGUAACACAAUAAACGUUCCUGAGAUAUUUCAAGUGUUCACGGUUCACGGUCAGUAAGUAACGUUGACAUCCCAGAAGCCAUGAUUAGCAACUGGAAGUUUAUUAUCUCACUUGAAGGAACGCUUCUGUCUCAAACAACCAAUCUGAAUACCUUUGUUUUAACACCUGUUGUAUGAAUUUGUUGAGUCAGAGCACUGAAAGAGGGAAAAUAUCAAGUUCCAGUUGCCAUUUUUGAUGUCAGGAACGUUAACGUUCUUGUUUCGUAAGGUCCCUGUUAUGAUUUGUAAGGUAAGAGAUUGUGGAUUCAAUCAAAUUUAAGGAUCACAAACAGACUAAGAAAAAACUAUGGCCCACCAAUCACAGUCAUCUCUGACUGUAACAAACUGAGACACUGCAGGGAGUAACCACUGACCAUCCUUUCCUAAUCUAUCGUCGGGAAUUUUUUCGCCUAAUGGGUGCUGUCUCCCUUAGGGUUUCUCUUUACCUGGGUAUAUCUUUCCUGCUUUUCUCUUACAUUUACUUUCAAUGCAGUGGUUGAGAUAUUCGCAAACUGUUAAAAGUUGUUAUGUCCCCUGUCUCUUGUCACUUCUAGUAUUUUUGGCUCAUUCAAGGUGGAAGAAGUGGAUUUUUAGUUUGUCUAUCAAGAAUGCUAUCUUUUGGUGUGUGUUGAAUAAACUAAAGUAGUAUUUGUUUUGCAGUUUGGCCACACGCCAUUACAUUUAGCUGCAGAGAAAAACAAUCUCUCGGCUGUCAAGGCAUUGGUUAGAAAUCCUUACAGCCCCGCUGACUACAGCAAACAAAACAAAGUGAGUGUUUCCUUGUGAUUGUUUUAUUGUGUUGUCUAGACCAGCCUUCAAGUAUUUACAAACUAAUUAUAACCAAAGGUUAGGGAGUGUACAUGUAGGCAAAAACAGUGAUCAGUUUGCGUUUUAUGCUUGCUAUUGCCAUUCAUUCUUAGUGAAGUCUAUAAGAAUACCGGCUACAUACCUGCCACUCAUGCGUAAUAGCAACCUUGAGAUUUUGAUUGCGGGCUCCUCUGGUCGCCUGCAAUUAGCUUACACUUCCAACAAAGUUUAGGGAGUGUCCAUCGGACGAGGUAGAGCAAGUUUCACGUGAUAGAAUGUCCAAACACCCGUCCAAACGCUCCAACCACUGAGCUACUGGAGGUUCUAUUGUGAGCAGGGUCGAAAUUUAAUUAUUGCUACAUCAGCCAUAGAGGACUGUAUCGAGGAUAACGCUAUCCAGUGGAUAAAUCUUCAUCCAUUUGAACAACCAAAGCCAGGAGAGUUCACCUACAUUUGUCACACUGAGUAAGUUGGGAUAAUCGCGCUUAACUCUCAAAGAACGUGAAGACACUUUUUAAGGGACGUUUUCACUGCCGUAGCCUUUGUGGUAUCGUUAACGCCCUCUUUUCACCAAGCACUUAACACGACACUACAACUAUGGCUAAAAGCGAUUAUGGUGGCAUUCAGAUUUGGGUGCAAGUAGAGGUCGCUGAGUAGAAGUACAACUUUGGAACUUUCAACCUUAUUGUUUGCCUAGUACACUUCUCUUUCUUGUUACUGAUUAGCAGUUUAUUUCAAUGACACGAGACAAUCAGUAUGGAUUAUGUUUAUUAAGGAUUAUGCGGGAUGUAUCCUAACGACACAACUAUAACAUAAAAUGUUCUAAAGUGCCAAAUUUCCUGGGUCUUUGGUGAAAUGUAUUUUCAUUUUGACAAAGAACGAUGAAACAGCCCAGCAAGUGGCAGAGAGACGUGGACAUCAUCAUGUUAAGACUUACCUUCUU